AAUACAUUAUAGGCUGAUUUCAUGCAGUUUUAGUAAUAGUGCUCUUAAACAGAUAGUUUAAAUGGAAUAUAUACUUUGGCAGCACAUUGUGAUAUGGCUGAAAUACAUAUUAUAGGAGAAGUGGAUACUGCAAAGGAUUUCAGAAAGCAGCAUCUAUUUUGCAAAUGGUACAUACAGAUAGGGAACAACUGGAGGGUAUUAUCCGGUAAAAAGGAAGGUCAAACUCAAGUUGCUUCGACCGAGUUUGAAGAUAUUUGUAGGUGGUCAUAUCCAAUAGACCUUCAUCUUGCUACAUCAGGAAUUCAAGGUUGGCCGAAAUUAUAUCUUCAAGUAUACCAUCUAGACUGGUUGGGUAGAAGUCAUCUAUUUGGUUACGGUCUUCUUACCAUUCCAACGUUACCAGGACAACACGACCUGGAUUGCUAUACUUGGAGGCCAGUAGGCACACUUCAGGAGAAACUCGUACAGUUCUUCUUGGGCGGAGGUCCUCAGCUGAAAAAUCCGCUCAUGAUAUUAUCCGCAUCCGAUAGACGCAAAAUCAAUACCGAGGCUAUGGGAGUUGUUUCUUUCAAAAUAACAGUCAUCUUCAGGAAUUUUUUCGACUACGGCGUAGAGUACAACUGA